CAUUACUUCCAACCACUCACUCAUCAACAAUACUCACACAGCAACAACAGAUUAACUAAAAGCAUAUAAUCAUGGCAGCCUCCACCAUGGCUCUCUCCUCCCCAUCAUUGGCCGGCAAGGCCGUCAAGCUCAGCCCAUCAGCCCCUGAGCUUGGAGUUGGAAGAAUCUCCAUGAGGAAAACCGCCACCAAGCAAGCAACUUCAGGAAGCCCAUGGUACGGCCCAGACCGUGUUAAGUACUUGGGCCCAUUCUCCGGUGAGCCCCCGUCCUACCUCACUGGUGAGUUCCCAGGUGACUACGGCUGGGACACUGCUGGGCUUUCCGCUGACCCAGAGACCUUUGCCAGGAACCGUGAGCUCGAAGUGAUCCACUCCAGGUGGGCCAUGCUUGGGGCUUUGGGCUGUGUCUUCCCAGAGCUUUUGGCCCGCAACGGUGUUAAAUUCGGAGAGGCUGUGUGGUUCAAGGCCGGAUCACAGAUCUUCAGCGAGGGUGGGCUUGACUACUUGGGCAACCCAAGCCUAAUCCACGCACAGAGCAUCUUGGCCAUUUGGGCCACCCAGGUCAUCUUGAUGGGAGCCGUUGAGGGUUACCGUAUUGCCGGUGGGCCUCUUGGAGAGGUUACUGACCCACUUUACCCAGGUGGCAGCUUUGACCCAUUGGGCCUUGCCGACGACCCAGAGGCUUUCGCCGAGCUCAAGGUCAAGGAGAUUAAGAACGGUAGGUUGGCCAUGUUCUCCAUGUUUGGAUUCUUUGUUCAGGCUAUUGUCACUGGAAAGGGCCCAUUGGAGAACCUCGCUGACCACCUUGCUGACCCAGUCAACAACAACGCCUGGGCCUAUGCCACCAACUUUGUCCCCGGAAAGUGAGCUCUGAGUUUAGCUCUUGGGUUUUGAAAAAAAAAAAAACCUAAAAGGAAAAAAAUGAGGAAUCAGCUGUGGGGUUGGGAUUUGGGAUUUUGAGAAUGUGAAUUAGUAUGAUGUGAACCGUGUACCUAUUUGGUCUCACUAAAUGUUAAUUACAUCUUUUUUUCCUAA